AUGGCGCCUCGCAAACUACUUUCCCCUUUCAUCUUCUUCACCUUACUACUUGUCGAAUCCCCGUCCGCCGCCGCCGACUCCGCCGCCGACGCCACCGCCCUCCUCAAGUUGAAGAGUUCCUUGUCCAAUGCCGACGCCGCGCUAAGCAAUUGGAACGCGUCGAUCCGCCCCCCUUGCACCGGCAACGUUAGCAAUUGGGUGGGUUUAAAAUGCGACAACGGCGGAAAUGUGUACUUUCUGCGGCUGGAGAACAUGAGUCUCGCCGGGACGAUUGACAUAGACGCGCUGGUGGGGUUAAAUGCUCUGCGAAGUUUAAGCUUCAUGAACAACAGCUUCCAAGGUGCGAUGCCGGACGUAAACAAGCUUGGUAAACUAAGGAUGUUGUAUUUGUCUUUCAACCGAUUCUCCGGCGACAUUCCCGGCGAUGCUUUUAAAGGCAUGAAUUCUUUGCUGAAAGUUCAUUUGGCAAGGAACCAAUUUACCGGUACUAUUCCGGGCUCCCUUGUUGGGUUGAAUAAGCUUAUGGAGUUGAGCCUGCAGGGUAACCAGUUUGACGGAGAGAUUCCGGAUUUUCCACAAAAGGGGUUGAAGGUAUUCAAUGUUGCAGACAACCGCUUGGAGGGUCGGAUUCCGGCGAGUCUAAGCAACAUGAAUUCAAGCUCUUUUUUGGGCAAUAAAGGCCUAUGUGGAAAGCCUCUGGGCCCAUGCAAGAGAUCAAAGAAGGGCUACAUUGUCAUAAUCGCCAUCUUAGCUGUUGCCGUUGCUGCAUUAGCUGCAAUAGGUGCAUUUUUUUUCACACGUGGCCGCCGAACCCAAGCAUACGAAUAUGAAAUGGGCCAAGAGAAAGAAGCCAACAAGGACUUUUAUGUUGGCCGAAAGAAGGCCCAAUCAACCGAGCUCCCCGGUGGCGAUUACAGAAAGGGUGAAAAUGGGAAGCUCUUCUUUGUGAGAAACGACAGGGACACUUUUGACUUACAUGACCUUCUCAGAGCAGGGGCUGAAGUGUUGGGGAGUGGGAGUUUUGGGUCUUCUUACAAGGCUAUUCUUCUGAGUGGGCCAGCUGUUGUUGUGAAGAGGUUUAGGCAAAUGAACAACAUGGGGAAGGAACAGUUUUAUGAUCAUAUGAGAAAGCUUGGAAGGUUGUCUCAUCCCAAUUUGCUUCCUUUUGUGGCCUUCUAUUUUACCAAAGAAGAAAAGCUUUUGGUUUCUGACUUUGUCGAAAAUGGCAGUCUUGCUAGUCAUCUUCAUGCAAAUCGUGCUCCUGGGCAGCCAGGGCUUGACUGGCCAACUCGCCUAAAGAUCAUAAAAGGAGUAGCCAGGGGAUUAGCUUGCCUCUACAGAGAGUUCCCUGGCCUAACCCUACCACACGGACACCUAAAGUCCUCCAAUGUGCUUCUAGACCAAAACUUCCGGCCACUCUUGUCGGAGUAUGCUCUUGUCCCGGCGGUGAACAAAGAGCAUGCUCAGCAGUACAUGGCGGCAUACAAGUCGCCGGAGUUCACGCAACUCGAUCGUACGACGAAAAAGACCGACGUGUGGUGCCUGGGGAUACUCAUUCUUGAGCUGCUGACGGGAAGAUUCCCUGCAAACUAUCUGAGACAUGGGAGGGGAGAAAACGAGGAUUUGGCAACGUGGGUGAAUUCUGUCGUGAGGGAAGAGUGGACGGGUGAGUUGUUUGACAUUGACAUGAAGGGAAUAAACAACAGCGAGGAAGAAAUGUUGAAGCUUUUGAAGAUUGGAAUGUGUUGCUGUGAGUGUAAUGUGGAGAGGAGGUGGGAGUUGAGGGAGGCUCUGGAGAAGAUAGAAGAGUUGAAGGAGAGGGACCCUGAGGAAGCAGGCUACUAUUCUUCAUGUGCUAGUGAAGGAGAUAUCUACUCUUCUAGGGCAAUCACUGAGGAAGACUUCUCCUUUCUCAGCUAAUUUUGCU